AUGGGAAGGAUACUAAUUGGCGCAUGUUCGGGGAUUGAACAUCACGAAAAAUCUGUGGAAACGAAAGUGGUCCCACUUUACGUUCUCCUUGCCGUUGCCCACAAUGUCGUUGCUGCCGUAGGCGGUUCCCUGCUCGCACACUGCUAUGAAGCUAUAGAUCUAUACCAUGGCUACGUAGCUGAUAUGGCUGUCAAUGGCGCAACUGUAACUCUCGGUCAAACAUGUGUUACAAAGACUGGUGGUGCUUGCACCGUCCAAGACUUUCUCAAGAGCAUAAUGGAUCCUUAUUCCGCCCAAAUGCUUGAAGACCUCGGUGAACUAGGCCAUACAACUCGCCCCGGGGAUUUGUUAGAUCUUGCUAAUGCAAUGGCUAACGCGGGUUACGAUGAUUACGACUGUCGGCGUAUGUUCGGCGACAUGAUCCCCCAUUCCAAAGUCAUAGGGACCGCCACCAACAUACUCAUAAACGCACGCGACGAGCACCCGUCUGCAUUAGAUGGGGAUCUUCUAGUCCAAGCAAAAAAGGCUUUGCUGUAUGUUGAAGCUGAACAUGGUAACCAGCCAAUCGUGGAGAAAACCGUGUAUUUGGAUGAAGAGCUGGUGACAUAUCAAGACAUCGACUGGAUGGAAACUGCAAAAGCAGUCAAAUUAGAAGGCGAUCAAACGUGGGCGUCGAUUUACGAAGGUUACAAAGACUUCGCUACCAAGAUGAGCCGGGAUCCAGCAACAUCUUCGGAUCUUGCAAAGUAUUCGCAUGCAAUCUGA